UGCCCACAAGAUGAAGCGAAAUUAUAUCGCCCUUCAUGAUCUGCAUGCGAACAUCAUCCACGGAAUUACGCGGUUAAAAUAGACGAGAGGGCUGACAACCUGGAGAAGAUGGUAAAGGAGAACGCAUUAUGCGUCUGUGAAUGUUGCAUCAAACGGGGUUCCAGAAGAGACCAACGAAAAUGUAAAGAUGUGACGGCGCCGUCUUGCUGUGUGCCAUGAGUAACAGCCACCCCCUGCGGUCACUGACCUCGGUGUCAGAGAUAGACCACCUGCACCUACUGUCGGAGCACCUGGGCGCUCUGGUGUCUGGCGAGGAGUACAGUGAUGUCACCUUUGUUGUCGAGGGGAAGCGCUUCCCUGCCCACCGGGUCAUCUUGGCGUCACGGUGCCAAUAUUUCAGAGCCAUGCUCUUUAAUGGCAUGAAGGAGUCUCAGCCCCAGGCCGAGGUGCCCCUGGAGGACACGCAGGUCGAGGCAUUCUCCAUGCUCCUGCAGUACCUGUACACGGGCCGGGCGAGCCUGAGUACGGCCCGCGAGGAUGUUUUGCUGGACUUCCUGGGCCUGGCGCACCGCUACGGCCUCCAGCCACUAGAGGACAGCACCUGUGAGUUUCUGCGCACGGUGCUGCACACGCAGAAUGUUUGCUUGGUGUACGAUGUGGCCAGCCUCUACUGCCUGGGGGGCCUGGCGCAGGCGUGCUGCGCCUACAUGGACCGGCAGGCGCCCGAGGUGCUUGCAUCAGACUGCUUCCUCACUCUCUCUAAGACUGCUCUUCUGGCUGUGGUGCAGCGGGACUCGUUUGCCGCCACUGAGCGGGAGAUCUUCCAGGCGCUGUGCCGCUGGUGCCGGCACAACUGUAACAACGAGGUGGCAGCGCAGGAAGUGAUGUCGGCAGUGCGCCUGCCCCUCAUGAGCCUGAUGGAGAUGCUAAAUGUGGUGCGGCCCUCUGGCCUCCUCAGUUCCGACAACUUGCUCGACGCCAUUCAGACGCGCUCGGAGAGCCGCGACAUGGACCUUAACUACCGAGGCAUGCUCAUCCCCGAGGAGAACAUUGCCACCAUGAAGCACGGUGCCCAGGUGGUGAAGGGCGAGCUGAAGUCGGCGCUGCUGGACGGAGACACGCAGAACUAUGACCUGGACCACGGCUUCUCCCGGCACCCCAUCGAGGAGGACGGGAGCGCAGGCAUCCAAGUCAAGCUGGGCCAACCCUACAUUGUCAACCACGUCCGCCUGCUGCUGUGGGACCGCGACAGCAGGUCGUACUCUUACUAUGUGGAGGUGUCUAUGGAUGAGCUGGACUGGGUGCGUGUAGUGGACCACUCCAAGUUACUCUGUCGUUCCUGGCAGAGUCUAUUCUUCACAGCGCGUGUCUGCAGGUAUGUACGCAUUGUGGGGACACACAACACCGUGAACAAGGUGUUCCACCUGGUGGCCUUUGAGUGCAUGUUCACACAGCGACGAUACGUUCUGGAGAAAGGACUCCUGGUCCCCGACCGUAACGUGGCAACCAUCGCAUGCGGGGCCAGUGUGAUCGAGGGUGUGAGCCGGAGCCGCAACGCCCUGCUCAACGGGGACACCUCCAACUACGACUGGGACUCGGGCUACACCUGCCACCAGCUGGGCUCAGGGGCCAUCGUCAUCCAACUGGCCCAGCCCUACAUGUUGGGCUCACUCAGACUGCUGCUCUGGGACUGUGAUAACCGCAGUUACAGUUACUACAUCGAGCUGUCCACCAACCAGCAGCAGUGGACCAAGGUGGUGGACCGUACCAAAGUGGCUUGCAGGUCUUGGCAGACGCUGGUGUUUGACAAGCACCCCGCCUCCUUUGUGCGCAUCGUGGGGACCCACAACACAUCCAACGAGGUGGGGAGAGAUGAGCAGGCUCGGGAAGUGUUCCACUGCGUCCACUUCGAGUGCCCCGCCCAGCUCGACACAGAGGUCAAAGAGGGCAGCCCGAACUCUAAGUCCCAGCAGCCUCCACUACAGCCCCAAUCACCCUCCCAGUCCCAGCUCCAACUCCCCACCCGGCCUUCCUCCGCCUCCUCGUCCUCACACUCCCACCCCCUCUAAGGGGUGUGCCAACCCCAACCUCCCCCCCUUAGACUCCAGGGGAGAACCACAGAGACCACCCUAGGCAUCUCAAUGCACACAAGCUUCUUUUGUGAUGUUACUCUACAUAAUAUGCUGCUCAAAUGAAAUAAAUAUAUAUUUAUAUGAAAUUAAA